UGACGAUAAGAUAAACCGGAAGAGGCUUUCCACGCAUAAGUUGGGGGCGCGGAUUUGGAAAUUAGGAUAUAAGACUGAAAGCGCCAGAGCCACUUCCAGCCUGGUCUCCAGGUCUGUGUCCGGUUCACCCCAGAUUCAGCUACUAAGCUGCUUUUUUUUUUUCUGGUGUGGGGGUUUUGUUUGCCACCCGAGGGCACUGCCUCAAUGAUUUCCGUGACCAUCCCGAGAGGACCAAAGACGCUUCUAAUCUGGCUACGCUCGAGAAAGCGUGGACGUUUUCUGCACAUCCAAAUUUAACUCGGCGUGAUCGGCACGAUUUUCGUGGGCACCUAGUGGUCCCGGCGCUUUGGCAGUGGCUGUUUUUGUCAGGACGCUGCUCGCUAUAAUUGAGAAAGAGAAAAACCACCAUUUUCCAGCAUUUCUCUUGGAAUAUUAAACGAGAAAAAUGUCUAUUUUUCCUAAAAUAUCUUUGAGGCCCGAAGUUGAAAACUAUCUUAAAGAGGGCUUUAUGAACGAGGAGGUUGUAUCUGCUUUGGGUGAACAAGAAGCAGAAAGGAAGUUUGAGACUCUGUUAAAGCACCUGUCACAUCCUCCAUCAUUCACAACUGUCAGAGUGAAUACAAAUUUAACCUCAGUACAACAUGUGAAAAAUCUGUUACUUGAUGAACUUCAGAAGCAGUUUAAUGGAUUAAGUGUUCCCAUUCUUCAACAUCCAGACCUUCAGGAUGUCUUACUUAUUCCUGUUAUUGGACCUAGGAAGAAUAUAACAAAACAACAGUGCGAAGUUAUUGUUGGAGCCCAGUGUGGCAAUGCAGUAUUAAGAGGAGCCCAUGUUUAUGUUCCAGGAAUUAUGUCAGCUUCCAAAUUUAUGAAAUCUGGCGAUGUUAUUUCUGUCUACUCUGAUAUUAAAGGAAAAUGUAAGAAAGGGGCCAAAGAAUUUGAUGGAACAAAAGUAUUUCUUGGAAAUGGAAUUUCUGAACUAAGCCGCAAAGAAAUCUUCAGUGGGUUACCUGAACUGAAAGGUAUAGGCAUAAGAAUGACAGAGCCAGUAUAUCUCAGCCCAUCAUUUGACAAUGUACUGCCCAGUUACUUAUUUUUACAGAAUUUGCCCUCUGCCUUAGUUACUCAUGUUCUGAAUCCUCAACCUGGAGAGAAAAUCUUAGACUUGUGUGCAGCACCUGGAGGCAAAACAACACACAUUGCGGCACUGAUGCAGGAUCAGGGAGAAGUGAUAGCACUGGAUAAAAUUUUCAACAAAGUAGAAAAAAUAAGGCAGAAUGCCUUAUUGUUAAGGCUGAAGUCCAUCAGGGCAUUUUGCUUUGACGGAACAAAGGCAGUUAAACUUGAUAUGGUUGAGGACACAGAAGGGGGACCUCCUUUCUUGCCAGAAACUUUUGACCGAAUUCUUCUUGAUGCACCCUGCAGUGGAAUGGGACAGAGACCAAACAUGGCUUGUACUUGGACUUUGAAGGAAGUAACAUCUUAUCAACCAUUACAAAGAAGACUCUUUACUGUGGCAGUUCAGCUGCUGAAGCCAGGGGGUGUGCUGGUUUAUAGCACAUGCACUAUAACACUGGCAGAAAAUGAAGAACAAGUUGCCUGGGCCCUGGCAACGUUUCCUUGCCUGCAGCUUCAGCCCCAGGAACCACAGAUUGGAGGAGAAGGAAUGAUGGGAGCUGGCCUAUCAUUUGAACAAUUGAAACAGCUGCAGCGAUUUGAUCCAUCUGCUGUGCCAUUACAGGACACUGACAUUGAUUCUCUCAGAGAUGCCAGAGCAGAAGACAUGAUGUGGUUGGCAAAUAAGGAUUGUAUAGGUUUUUUUAUUGCAAAAUUUGUAAAAUGCAAAAGCACAUAGGAGAAGGAGCCUCAGAAAUGAAAAUUCCAGACAUUGGUUUAUAAAAAAAAAAAAAAAAAUUGCGGACAGCCAAAGUGUUGUCAGGCCAACUGAGUGGUGGCAUGGUUGCUAAGGAAACAGAAAAGGCUGCCAGCUGUUUCACCAGGAUCAAGAGACAUAGAGGAAGUAGGAGGAUGUGUGAGAUUACAUUUUGUGUUUUUAAAAUACUUUUUUCUUUAUGGGUUUUAGAGUAUAAAAAAGGGAGAUGCCUAUAGAUGCCUGGAACAUAUUUUCAUUUGGAGUCUAAUAUUUGUAAAGAAUACAAGUAAUUUUUAAUGUUAAAAAUUAGUAAAUCUUAAAAAAGGAAUAAAUUAGCAAUAUUUAAUGUGAUUAUAAAAAAUUGUUUUCUGUUCCCAAGUUCCUAAGUAAUAGUUCCUCAAGAAUUCAGGAUACUAUUUACCAUGUACCAAUAACUGAGGUAAGUAUUUUACCUAACUCUGUCUCUGCUUAUUAUUUGGGACAUCAACCCUCUUUCAAAUGAAGUAUGGACCUCUUCUAAAUGAUAGUCUACUUUUUUAUUAUGUUUAAUUUUUUUCAUGAUUUUAAACUAGAAAGUAAAAUGAUUUUCUUUGUGGAUUUUAAAAAUGAGAAUAUUCUAUAAUUUGGAUACCUUAUCAUUUUUUAGAACAUAUACAAGUUAUUAGAGAAUGGUGAAAAAGAGAAAACCAACUUCUGACAGCUGGGAACUGGCCCAGCACUUAGAGCUGGGCCUUGGUGUUCUAUUGAACAUAAAACCAUCAGACAAGGCAAUUGUGCCUAGGAUAGAUCCAGACAAAAAAAGACUACUUCACAAUCAAAUCUGGCCUCAGACAAAAGACUGGUCAUUUUUGCAGUUGCAAUGAUGUUCUAACAUCCCCUUAUGGUGGCCAAUACAAGUGACUGUUUUUUAAAAAAAUUAAUUAUAGCCUCAGGCUUGUUUCAUUCUACUUGCUUUUUAGAUAAGAUCUAUUAAAAUACCCAGUACCCUGCCGCAGUUUAAAGUCUAGCUCAUGCGGUGUUGAAUACAUCAGACUGCUGUUAGCUUUCAUUCAAACCAUGCAAAAGCUACUGGGCCUUGGGCAUAUGAAAUGCACAGUUGAAAACAACAAGUGCCUAAUAGUUUGAUAUUUUUCUCCCCUUAUAGGUUUCCUUUAGGAAUGUCUCAUUACUACUGAUUGUAUCCACGAUUAUAAGGUCUCUUCGAUCAGG